AUUGGGUAUGACUGUGAUCAGGACGCUGAUAUGGGGUAUGGCAGUGAUCAGGACGUUGGUAUGGGGUAUGGCAGUGAUCAGGACAUUGGUAUGAGGUAUGGCAGUGAUCAGGACACUGGUACGGGGUAUGGUGGAUCAGGUAUGCUGGUAUGGGUAUGGUGGUGGUCAAGAUGCUGGUAUGGGGUAUGGUGGUGGUCAAGAUGCUGGUAUGGGGUAUGGCGGUGAUCAGGAUGCUGGUAUGGGGUAUGGUGGUAAUCAAGAUGCUGGUAUGGGGUACGGCGGUGAUCAGGAUGCUGGUAUGG